AUGGUGGCUGCUUCGUUAUUGUUUCUGUUAACAUUCGGCUUUAUAUGUGGAGAAGCUGAAGCACAAAGAAAACUUGUAUACGUGACUGUGGUGAGUAAUAUUACAGUUUUUUUUUAUAACUCUACGGAAGCCGUAUUGAACGCUGCAGCAACUCGUCGACGCACACGAAACUGUAUUCGAAAUUUAGGAGAUUUUACGUUUUCUUUAGUAUCUCUUCACAUACGUGUUUGUCUGCAGAGUCUUUAAGCGUAUUAAAAGUGUUUUGGUACUUGAUGAAUUCGUCUAAUUCAGAAGUCAAUUAGGAGCUUGAGUUUGGUUAUUAUAAACACAGCUGUGUCUGUUUUAAGUGCUUGGGGGGGUCGCAAAACUAAGCCCAUGAUAACGAUACAUUUGCAAUUCUGUAAUUAUCUUUCAACUCAAGGACGACCACAUUAAUUUGCAUCAUGUACACUGAUAAACUGGCGACUUUAUAAUACUGCAAAAAUGGCAAAAUGUUAGAUUAUUAUUAGUAGAAGUAGUAUUUGUAAUAUUGAUAUUAUAGUGCCACUAUAAGAAGUAAUUAAGUUGUGAUGCUGGUUAGCCUUAACUUAAAGGAAGUCUAUUUAAGGAACUGUAUUAUUUAUUUUUAAAGAAAGACAGUUAAUUUAUUGCAUUUUCAACAGUCAGGACUAUGUAAGGUGGAAGUACUGAUACUUUAACUUCCCUCUUACUUAAACAGUCUAAUAUGAAUAUAGGUGUGUCAACAUUAGAAACUAGGUUAACCGAAACAGAUUAAAUGAGGACAUCCAAACCUUCAUGGUUAGGCCAAGUGGAAUACUACCUGCUUGCAAAUACAAGUCUUAACCUGUCAAACCUGCUUCAUCUGUCAUCUUAAAUUAAAUGUCAACUAUGUAAUUAAUACAUUUCACUUUCGUAGACUCAUCCAACAUCAUAGAAAUUCCCCUUCUUCUCUCCGCUCUCCCAAUGCAAGCACAAAGGCACAGCUUAAAAAGGCCCUGGCCAAAGUAUUUACGGGCACAAUCGCCCUGCUCUGAACCUGUCCUCAGCUCAUCAGGAAGGCCUAGAUUACCCGGGAUGAUUCGCAGGUUAGUCAGGGACAUUGAAGUGAUUGUCUUGACAGGAGGACAAUGGGCAGCAUGCAAGCACAAGUCAUUGUGAUUGUAGUGGCAGGACACAAGAAGGUAGAUUAGAAAGAGGGCACUCUGCGCUCCUAAUUGACACAAAUUACAAAGAUGCAGUAUGAAGGCACCUCGUAUUUACAGCACAGUUUUCCUAUGGCUUUGUUUUACCAAGAUCAUGGUCAUGGGGCUGUCAUAAUUUAGGCUACUGGAUUUCUUGCUUUCUUCCAGUUAAUCCCCUUAAAAGAAUUUUGUGGAUUAUUUUACAAAUACUCGAGAAUAAAUGCACAGUCCAGAGGCUGAAUUGACCUCUCAGAGUUGUGUCCUUGUACAGUAAAACUGGUUCUUCAGAGUUAAUGUUAGACCAUUUUGCAUGCUGACUUAUAUAAGAGUCUCUCAGAAAUAUCAACCUUGAUGUUUUCCCAUGCAAAUUUCCUCUCAUCUGCACAAUAACGUUGUGUUUUUUUGCACACUGUGGAUAUCUUGCACCGGAUAAUUACAUCUGUGUGAAAAUUUGGUGUUUUGUAACAAAAUGUUAUCUUCAAAAAUGAGUGCACUCAAGAUAAUUAUAUACAUGCACAAGAUAAGUGACAUUCUCAUACAAGAUGAUUUCAUUUUGCUGUUACAAGUUAUUGUUAAUGUCUUGUGUGCACAAGAUAUAUCUUACGAGAUGAUUUUUGUGUUCAUGAAGUUAAUCAGAAAAUGAAUCACUUGUUUCUAUAAAAUGACUGUUGUAAGCUCAAAAUAGUUAUGCUGUUUGCACAAGAUAAUUAACACGCUCUCUUAAGAUCAUAACUUGGGCGCACAAGAUAAAUCUAAUGAGAUGAUUUUUGUGUUUAUAAAUAUAAUCAGAAAAUGAAUCACUUGUUUCUACAAAAUAACUGUGUUGUAAGCUCAAAAUAGUUAUGCUGUUUGUACAAGAUGAUUAACAUGCUCUCUGAAGAUGAUAACUUAGGCGCACACGAUAGCAGCAACCCCUGCAGACUUACAAAGAACACACAGGUGUUUUAAAAUUUAACUUCAAAAUAGUGUUUUUAAAAGUUUAUCUUUUGGCGCAUUAUCCUGAAAAACUUUUAAAAUGUUGUUGUAAUUUCUUAACAAUACAAAAUCAUGUUUUAUUGUGAGUAGGAUCUGACUCCCAAACAGGGAAUCUGCCACACACGUGGCAAUUGAAACAGCAUCAGCCGUGAUGUUGCGUGUCUUUCAUGUCAACGUGUUGAAGCUCGGGGGAAAAAGUUCACAAAGAGUUCUGAAUACAAAAGUCCUAAAGUUAAACUUUGUUGCUGCUGCAGAGCGUAAUCCUGUCCUCGCACUCAUUCUUAGAAAAGAGCGACAAAGUUAGCUGCUCAGUAGCCAAUUCUGGAUCAUGCUGUAGAUAAGAUUAGGUGUUUCAAAGGGAUAAGCCAGCCUUCAAAUAGAUUUUGCACACUUUAUUCUUCCGUUUUGGACGAGUCAGUCAUGCAUGCUCUUCACCCCAGACAACUGCAAACACUAUUUUCUCCUGUAGCUGCUCAGGGAAUGAAACCUGUAACUGUUCUGCCUGUAAAGAUAGGUCGUGUUGUGGUGUCUGGUUACACGGCCUGAUUGUUCGGCUGUAGAGUUCACAGCAUUCGCUCUAUUAUAAAAAGGAGUGGUUUCAAUAAAGGGCCGUAUCUUCCUCUUUGGUUUCUAGUGUUUAACCAGAGCAAGACAAACAGGAGUUAUAACAUUCCAGCUUCAUUCGUGAAUCUGUGUUUGUUUUUUUUUUAAAGAAAGACAAGAUCAUUACGGUCAGCUGAUUGCGUUUUGAAAAACAGUCACAGAUAAAGCUCGGACAAAGGUUCCGUGUUGAUUCAAGAGUGAUUUGUUGUUAACAGCAGAGGUGAAAGUCGGCUUUGGAAGUCAAACACGAGUCAGGUGAUGGGAGUCGUAUUUGCUCAGAGUCUAUGUAACAGCUUUAUCUAGUGGCUGCUGCAUGACCUUUCACUGAUUCUGCUCAAAUCCAACCCGAGACUUACUACUGACAACAAAUUACAUUAUGGGAAGAACGGAGAAAGCAGGAAGUAAGAAUUUCCCAAACUGUGUCAUGUUUCUUUGUGCCAUUGUUGGAGUUUAUUUCUUUUUUUUAUUGUUGUGUGUCAAGGGUGUCUCUUAUUUGUGUUGUUCCUACAGUUGUUUCGCCAUGGAGACCGGUCACCAGUCAGAGCUUACCCAACAGACCCGUACCAAGAGUCGGCCUGGCCACAAGGCUUCGGGCAGCUGUCACAGGUAUUACAGUCAGCCUCUAACAAUAAAAAACGUUUAUUAUUCCUGGUCUUUUGUCAUUGCGCUAUAGUGCAGUGUGUCAAAUUGUUUGUGUUUUCUCAGGUGGGGAUGAUGCAGCACUUCAACCUGGGCCAGUUCCUGAGGAAAAGAUACAAAGGUUUCCUCAACGACUCCUAUGAAAGACACGAGGUGAGCCCACUUUCAACUCGCCUGAACCCUCUCAGACAGGCAAACAUUUAAGGGGAAAGGGCCUCCGACAUGUGGGUGUUAAACAGGGUCACUGCUGCUGGGAUGCUUAAGACGCGAUCGAUGAUUCAGAGUUGUUUUUCAAGACGGCGGCCUCAGUUCCCCUUUCACAGUUUAUUAGCAAACACCCCAAUGUGUAAACUGCAAAUUGACACAACAGAUCAUCACGAGCGUCUUAUUUGUCCUCAGAUCCUGGUUCGAAGUACUGAUUAUGAUCGCACCCUGAUGAGCGCUGAGGCCAACCUUGCAGGUCAGGCAUCGUCUCCUCCCUUCUAGUAAUCUCUCUACUUGUAUUGUCCACCUAUUGUAAACAGUUUGAAUUGCUCUCUCCUAGGUCUCUACCCCCCAGCUGGUCAGCAGGUCUUCAAUCCAAACCUAAUCUGGCAGCCAAUACCUGUGCACACCGUCCCGCUCAAUGAAGAGAGAGUAUGUACAGCUGCAAACUUCUCUGUAAAAUAUUGAUGAUUCUGAUGGUUUGAAAAUCUUUGAACACUUCAAUCAAACAAUCAAUCAAUCAAAUUUUAUUUAUAUAGCGCCAAUUCACAUCAGAGCAGGUCUAGACCAUGCUCAUUGUUUGAUGAAUUACCAAGACCCAACCUUAAGAUGGGACAGAUUUGACCCAUCUCAUCUAACAUGAGUUACAGUGGCAAAGAAAAACUUCCUUUUAACAGGCAGAAACCUUGGGAAGGACCAGACUCAUGAAGAUAGCGCAACAACCACAUGUCAAAUACUGACACUACAAAAUUUGUGGUUUUAUGGAAAUAGAAGGGUUUCUGUGCAACGUCUCCACAAAUGCAGGUUAAGCCAACUGGAAUGGACUUUGGUUGGAGUAGAAAAGUGAUCUGUGGUCGGACCGCCAUGCUUGUUAUCAGCGUCCAUUCUGGUUCAUAGAUGCAUUAACGCUCAAACCUUGCAUAUUGCAUUAACAUUUUACACAGUGUUCAAACUUUUUGGAGGUUUAGGAAGUAUACAAGAAGUACUUUAAAAAAGUACUCUCUGAAAGUGAAUUAACAGAGUUUCUUUGUCUUCCCUCCAGCUCCUCAUUUAUCCGAUAGCAGACUGUCCUCGCUACCAGCAGCUGAUGAAUGAAACCGAGCACACUGAAGAAUAUCUAAAUGUCACUGCUGAAUAUCGGGUACUUCACAGAUUUAUAAAGUCUCAUAUUUCUCCGGGUUUUGGGGCGACUGGCAUCAUAAGAAGUUAUAAAUCAUUCUGUAACAUUGGUUUUACACCGCCUGGUCCUCUAUGUUGUUUUUUUACUAACUUAUUUUUAAAAAAACUUGAUUUCCUCAGGACAUUAUCGAUCUGGUGAGAAAUAAAACAGGGCUGAACAAGACGGAUGUGCAGUCAGUGUGGUCCGUGUACGACACACUCUUCUGCGAGGUGAGAAACACACACGCAUGGUAGCAACAACCCUGAUGCAGAAGUGCGGUAAUAACUUUUGACACUCUGUCAGCUCUAGUUUCACUUUUGCAACCAAUCUUCUGCGCUGAGACUUUCUUCCAAAUGGUAUUUAAUCACAGGACUGAUGUGAGGAUUUGCUAUUUGAACACAAAAAGCCAAAACAAAAAUGAAAAUGUCAAAGCCGUUAUAACCGUGGGUUCAGAUGAUGUAUCUUACAGGCAUCCAGGUCAUCCCAGAUCUAAGCGCCCCCCUCUCCGAAGCAUAUUUCUUUCUUGAUUUAUUUGAUUUUGAGUGAAUUUAUGGUCUUGAUCACGAGUUUUGAAUCAUUUAGAUAUGACUUAGAAAAUCUGGGCAACAGCAACAGAGCAGUGUAUUCUUCAGAGCACGAAAAGCCGCAGCCAUCUGUCAGUCAAAAUAGAAACAUGAGAAUCUGAUUAAACUCCACAAAUCUAGUGACUCAGUCUAUGUUUCAGACACGCUUCACAAUCUGUUAAAGCCCUAAUAGAGAAGUUAUUUGUAAACUUCCUGUUUUCCGUGGUAAAUUUGCAUGCUUCAUGGUUUGAGCUUGUGAUUUAAUAGGCCACGCCCCUUUUUUUCUCCAGACGGGCCGUUUGAGGAACAAGACUUUGCAGCGUGCAGCAGUUCCAUAUCAGCUUUUUUCAGCGUCGUGUGCUGAUGCUGAAAUAAACUGAUACGGAACUGCUGGACUAAUCAUGAACAUUCAGGCGCGAUGAUAAUAUCUGAGUGAUAUAAAAAUCGUCUGUUUUGAAGUGAAAGUUUGUUAUGAAACGGAGUAAACUGGGUCACUGAAGUCAGCUGCAGAGUUAUGAAGCAGCUAUGUGAGAGAUGGUUGUAGAGAGUGACAGGGUGAGGUGAGGAAGCUGCUGACCAAGUGCAGCUAAGGACAAAAAGGCACUCAGGCCUUUAUUAAAGUCAGCUGUUUUCUAAUGAAUCCUAAUAAUGUGUGUCUUUCAGUCUCGACACAACAAGACGGCUCCGAACUGGGUGACCCCUGACGUCAUGGGGAAGCUGAAGUUCCUCAAGGAUUUUGGAUUUCGGGUAAAUAAAAGAAUUUUAAAGUUCAAGUUAGCGGAGAAGUUGAGGUGUGAAAAGUGAGUUCAAGUUUGAGUGUUUGGUUUUAACAGGCUUCAUUUGGGCUCCACAAACAACAAGAAAAAAGCCGCCUGCUGGGAGGUAAGAGAUUCAUCCUCAGAGGGUUCACAUUCAGAACGUUUCGAUUCAGCUCAAGUUAACCUCACCUGUCCUUUUAGGUGUCCUGCUGGGAGAAAUAGUGAAGAACCUUACCAAGAUGGCCGAUCCAGACCCCAAACAGAAACUCAGACUGAUGAUGCUGUCAGCGGUGAGCAAAUGAACAACGCUGAACAAACGGAUUUAUAACACGCUCUGUUUCCAUGUUCAAAACCCAAUUCCAUUGAAGUUGGGAAAUUGUGAUAAACGUAAAUAAAAACAGAAUACAAUGAUUUGCAAAUCCUUUUCAACCUAUAUUCAAUUGAAUACACUACAAAGACAAGAUAUUUAAUGUUCAAACUCUUAAACUUUAUUUCUUUUUUGCAAAUAAUAAUUAACUCAGAAGUUCAUGGCUGCAACACGUGCCAAAGUAGUUGGACAGGGGCAUGUUUACCACUGUGUUUCAUCACCUUUCCUUUUAACAACACUCAAUAAACUUUGUGAACUGAGGAGACUAAUUGUUGAAGCUUUGAAGGUGAAAUUCUUUCCCAUUCUUGCUUGAUGUACAGCUCCAGUUGUUCAACAGUCCGGGGUCUCCGUUGUCGUAUUUUACGCGUCAUAAUCGAGUCGAGUACUUGCACUCUUUCACCAAGAAGCCAUGCUGUUGUAACACGUGCAGAAUGUGGCUUGACAUUGUCUUGCUGAAAUAAACAGGGGUGUCCAUGAAAAAGACGUUGCUUGGAUGGCAGCAUAUGUUGCUCCAAAACCUGUUGUACCUUUCAGCAUUAAUGUUGCCUUCACAGAUGUGUAAGUUACCCAUGCCUUGGGCACUGAUGCACCCCCAUACCAUCACAGAUGCUGGCUUUUGAACUUUGCGUCGAUAACAGUCCGGAUGGUUCUUUUCCUCUUUGUCCCGGAGGACACGACGUCCACUAUUUCCAAAAACAACUAGAAAUGUGGACUCGUCAGACCACAGAACACUUUUCCACUUUGCAUCAGUCCAUCUUAGAUGAGCUCGGGCCCAGAGAAGCCGGCGGCUUUUCUGGAUGUUGUUGAUAAAUGGCUUUCACUUUGCAUAGUAGAGUUUGAACUUGCACUUACAGAUGUAGCGACGAACUGUAACUGGUUUUCUGAAGUGUUCCUGAGCCCAUGUGGUGAUAUCCUUUACACAUUGAUGUCGGUUUUUGAUACAGUGCCGCCUGAGGGAUCGAAGGUCACGGGCAUUCAAUGUUGGUUUACGGCCGUGCCGCUUACGUGCAGUGAUUUCUCCAGAUUCUCUGAACCUUUUGAUGAUAUUAUGGAUUGUAGAUGUUGAAAUCCCUAAAUUCCUUGCAAUUGUACUUUGAGAAACAUUGUUCUUAAACUGUUCGACUAUUUGCUCACGCAGUUGCUCACAAAGUGGUGAACCUCGCCCCAUCCUUGCUUGUGAAUGACUGAGAAUUUUUGGGGAAGCUGCUUUUAUACCCAAUCAUGGCACCCACCUGUUCCCAAUGAGCCUGCUCACCUGUGGGAUGUUCCAAAUAGGUGUUUGAUGAGCAUUCCUCAAAUUUCUCAGUAUUUUUUUCCACCUUUCCCAACUUCUUUGUCACGUGUUGCAGCCAUCAAAUUCUGAGUUAAUUAUUAUUUGCAAAAAAGAAAUAAAGUUUAUGAGUUUGAACAUUAAAUAUCUUGUCUUUGUAGUGUAUUCAGUUGAAUAUAGGUUGAAAAGGAUUUGCAAAUCAUUGUAUUCUGUAUUUCCUAACUUCAAUGGAAUUGGGGUUUUGUAUGUCAGACCACUUCAUGUGCAUGUGUGUGUGCGUUUGUUUCCCAGCAUGACACCACUGUAGCUGCCCUCCAGGCCAGCUUAAACGUCUUCAACGGACGACAGCCGCCCUACGCCUCCUGCCACAUAUUUGAGCUCUACAGGGACGAGAACGGGUAAGACACUUGCUCCUAAAAGAUCUAAAGAUUUUGGUUGUUUUUUCUCAUCAUUUAAAGCUAUAUUUAGUUAGAAAUAGAGAAUUUUGACAUAAUUCAUGUUAAAAAUGAUCUAAAAACAGCUCAUUUCUCUCUGUGUGUCCCCUCAGCUCUGCUUCAGUCUCCAUGUUUUACCGUAAUGACAGCAAAGUGGAUCCAUACCCUAUUCAGCUGCCAGGCUGCACCCUACAGUGCCCUCUGGAGGACUUUGUGAAUAUUACAAAACCUUCUAUUUCAGACGACAGGGACAAGGAGUGUCAGCUGCCUUCAGAGGGGAGAGAUACAGGUGAGAAACAUUUUCAUGUACAAGGACAAAAAGUCUGAUUUUUCUGAUCUAUUUAUUCUGAUUUAUUCUCCCGUCUCCUCCCACAGAGGUCAUCAUCAGCCUGGCGCUGUCCGGCUUCCUCCUCCUCCUCCUCAUCGCCCUCCUCCUCGGCGUCAUCUGCUGGCAGAAGGUGCCAUCCAACAACCGCGGGUAUCAACAUGUGAUCAACCAAGAGCUCGGCGUGGAGUCCUGA